UUCAUCCUGCCAUUCUGCAGGGUGCAGAGGAUGGUAGUGUUCCCCCUGUACCAAGGCCUGCUACUGACACUGCUGGACCCAAGGUUUAAAAAUGUGGCUUUUGGAAAUCCUGCCAAAGCCCUGGAUGCUGAAAAGCACAUCACACUGGAGUGUGCUUCACUGAUGCGUUCAAACACAACUCCUGAACCACAAAUGUCAACAUCAGGCCCAUCAUCAACACCAGUUGAAACACAAGACAGUUUAUGGGAACAUUUUGACAAUCGUAUCCGUGAGACCCAGAUGAUACACAAUCCUACAGCUGAUGCCACAGUGGAAGUGAAAAAAUACCUCAGCGAUGCGUUUUUGCCCAGAACUCAUGAUCCUCUAACUUACUGGAAAGAGAGAGCAGUAAUCUUUCCUCAUUUGUAUGUCCUAGCUAAAAAAUAUCUUUGUAUGCCAGCAACAAGUGUCCCUUGUGAGAGAAUUUUUUCAAAGGCUGGAGAAAUUAUCUGUAAAAAGAAGUAGGCUGAGUCCUUCAACA